AAAAAAAGUCUCGCAGAACACGAAAAAAGUGCACAAAAAUAUUAAAAGUAAUUAAUCAUGGGCGCUAAAGGUAGUGUUGAAGCAGCUAAAUUAAAUGCUGAAAAUUGGAGCCACCUUUCAGAGCGAGGCGGCCGAUAUCACAGCCACAGACAUAAUCAACGAUCACAAUCGCUCAAUAGGGGGCAGGCGCUGUCGAGAGCUGACGUUGGCGGCGGGAUGUGGUGACACUCAGGUGCCUCGGGAGGUCAAUCGGGCUGUCCAAGUUGCGCCAUGGGCAACAAAUUGAGUUGUUCGUGUGCGCCCCUCAUGCGCAAGGCAUACCGCUACGAGGACUCGCCAUGGCAAUCGUCACGACGUCGCGACGGUCAUCUCCUGAGGUUGUGGGCCGAAGUAUUCCACGUGUCAGCAAGUGGCGCCGGCACCGUCAAAUGGCAGCAAGUAUCCGAGGAUUUGGUGCCCGUUAACAUCACAUGCAUCCAGGAUUCGCCCGAAUGCGUUUUUCACAUUACCGCGUACAACAGUCAGGUCGACAAGAUACUCGAUGUGCGACUUGUGCAACCAGGAACUCGCAUUGGACAAGCAUCCGAAUGCUUCGUUUACUGGAAAGACCCGAUGACGAACGACACGUGGGGCUUGAACUUCACUUCGCCCAUUGACGCAAAGCAAUUCCGAGAGUGCUGUUCGCCUUCAUUCAAAUUUUCACGAAAGGCAUCCUCGAGCUACUCGCUGAAGUUGGAUCCGCCCGGCAAGAGUGGCAGCAAAGUGAAGACCAAACGGAAGCCUUUGAGUACGCCAGCAUCGCCAUCGAGGGCCCGCGAACCGCAAUGUACGUGCAUGACAGCGGAGCAAUAUGCGCGAAUUCGCGCUCAAGAUCCCCGUUAUCGAGGUUCCUCGACUCUUCCACGCACCACAACGCGCACCGGCGACGCCGAAGACUCCAAAAAGGUCGCAACCGCCACUUCGAGCACCUCCUUGUACGAUAAUGUCGCUGCGGGAAGUCAAGCAGGCGGCACCGCAACUGAUCGUCCCGUCAAAUCGGAAACGGGCACCAUGACAUCGACCGAAACAACAUCCACGCAGAACCAUGUGGGGUCUCAGAGUCAAGAUGAGACCACGGGAACCGGAAAUGAGACGCGCGGAACGUUGCAACGACAGGAAACGAGCAAAUCUGAGGGCACACAAGCCGGCGGAACGCUCCAACAAAAGUCAACGACAUCAACGGGCACCGAAAUGCAUCACAAUAUCAUCAAUAAUAACACGAGACGCAGCAAGAGUAAGAGCACGGAGGACAUGAAUAUCUUUUCGGAGCAGAAUUCGACGUUGAAACGCAUGAUGAAGCCCAUGCCGAGUACAGAAAGUCCCGUAACGUCGCCCGAAAUGACACGGAGACGCUAUAAUUAUUACAAUAUUGGGUCAAAUACGAUGGGACAUUCGCAUGGAGGGAUGCAUAAUCCGCAUAUUAUUAACAAUAAUACGCUUUCACGACCUUCUAGUCAGGCAUCGCGUUUCUCCGGAUCGAGAUCCUCACACGAAAUCGGACGUGGUUACCAACAAGCCCCUCGUGGCAUGUAUCUCGAUCUUGAACGCGAACGUGGAUGUUUAGAGAGUUCACCGCCAUCGGACAACGUAAUGUUCGAUAAUCAGUGCUACGCGACAACCCCGAGUUCCAGCAACGGCAAUUCCGAUCAAGAUCAACCUCAGGGUUACGGAUCGCGAUCCAAUUCUCGUCAUUCGCAUCAUCAUCCGAAACAACCAAAUGUGACACCAACUCCCGGAAGUCCGACAUCACGACUCCUGCUCGAGUACGAAAUGCACUUGCGCAACACUUUGGCCAAGGGAAUGGAUGCCGAAUCGUACAGCUUGCACACCUUCGAGGCUCUUUUAUCACAAAGUAUGGAAAAUUUAGAGCUGGCUGAAAGUUUGCCUAAUACACAGCGGAGUCCAUAUCCUACUAAUAAAAGACGUGCUUCCGCUGGUGCAAAAUCAUCGACAUUGCCAUUGCCACACAGGUUGAAUGUGGAAAAACCUCCAUCGAAUCGUGAAAGAGAUCGCGGAGGAAUGGAUGGGUAUUACAGUGAUCGCAACGAAUUAAUCCGCGAACGUCAACGCGAAAUUGAACGAGAUCGCGGUUACUUGAGCGACCAUAAUUCGAGUUACACGACAUCUCGUUGCGCUUCUUGCAUUGGCGAGUCGGCACGUGCUCAGUGGUUCCGUCAUUCGGAUGGAUGGCGUUCAGGCAGUUCGACACUUGGCUCCGGAUCUGGUACGGGACUCGUUAGUUCAUCCAGUGGACAUAAACGCUCGCCAUGGGAUUCUCUGCCGUCUUUGAGACAAGAUAGCAGUUUGAAUGAUUCGGGUUACAAAAGCACGCGAGCAGAUUCCUUUGAGCAAAGGGGACAAUUUGACCGUCAAGACAGCUUACGUUCGGAUUAUUUGAGCGAUCGUGAGUCUCGUUACGGAAUGGUUCAUCAAGCAUCUAUCGAGUCGACAGAUUCACGUCUUUGCUACUUGACAUCCUCUGAGAUUUCAGAUGAUGAUCGUAUGAGCUUAACUACUGCUGUCUCCGACGAGGAUGAUGGAGAAAGUGUCAUGGCGUCACCGUACAAAGCAAAGGCAACUGGCACAGCUGCUGCAUCGUUCAAUUGUACAGGUGCAGUAAGAAAAGCUGGAUUUUUAUCUGUUAAAAAAUGGUUACUCCGCAAAAAGCACCAAAUCGAGCUGGCACGCAAACGCGGCUGGAAAGGCUACUGGGUAUGUCUGAAAGGCACGACGUUGCUUUUUUACCCGUGCGACUCGCGCGAAGGACGCAGUGUCGAGGCGGCACCCAAACAUCUCAUCAUUGUCGAUGGUGCCAUCAUGCAACCGAUUCCCGAGCACCCGAAACGUGAUUACAUCUUCUGCUUGAGCACGGCAUUCGGCGAUGCAUAUUUAUUCCAAGCACCGUGUCAGGUUGAAUUGGAGAAUUGGGUAAAUAGUAUUCACAGCGCUUGUGCUGCAGCGUUCGCCCGACACCGAGGCAAGACCGGAACACUUCAUCUGCUACAAGAGGAAAUUUAUCGUUUAGAAAAGGCAAUUGAAUCGGAUCACAAAUUGAAGCACAUGGCCGAUUUGCAACAAAGUGUCGUCACUGACCAGGACACCCGCAUCCAGAUCAACAACCAAAUUCUGCAGUGGGAGGAAAACUUGGAACGUUUGCAUUGCGAGCAAUUCCGCCUCCGUUGCUACAUGGCGUCGCUUCAAAGUGGCGAGCUACCCAACCCCAAGUCAUUACUGACACACGUGUCACGGCCAACGAAGAACAUCCUGAAUAAAUUAGGCGUUUUCACCGUUUCAUCAUUCCAUGCAUUUAUUUGUGCAAGGUCGCCGUCGCUGUUGAACAAUUUGCUCGCAGGACGCGGCGCAACGAAGCGUCGACCGCCAUUGUUGUCGCGAUCGAAUAGUGGAUCGAGUCGACGAUCGAUGCAGAUGAAUUCACGCGAUGAUCCAGAAAAAACAUACAAAGUUGCUGUGCCAGAUAAUCAAUAUGUGACAGUAUAUUUACGGGAUGCCAUGUCUGUGGAGGAAUUUUUGGCAUCGGCAUGCGCUCGCAAAAAUUUGAAUCAGAUGGAGCACUUUGUGCGUGUCAAGAAGCGACGUGACAUGGAGGAUCACAACUACUUUGUGCCACACCGGAAUGACUUAAUUGAGACAUUUUUGCACACGCACGAGAUCGUAGAGGUAUGUGCCAAAAUAUUAUAUCAAGUCGAGAUACAACGAAGUACACUUGAUCAAAUGUGGGGUUUUUCUGUCGAAGCGGAACUUAUUGAGAAUGCGGAUCGUCAAGAUGAGUUGUGCUGCUACGUUAGUCGUGUCGAAGAUAAAAGUGUUGCUAUGCAAAAUGGAAUCAUAAAAGGAGAUGAAAUAAUGGUAAUCAAUGGUGCAAUUGUCUCCGAUCUCGAUAUGAUGUAUUUGGAAAGUGUGCUGCAAGAGGAGCAAGCUCUCUGCAUGAUGAUGAGAUCAUCGCGUACGGAGCCUCCCGAACUGGGUUGCGUUAUGCGGUCGACAGACGACAUGAUUGAGUCGUUAGUUUGCCCGCCGCCGCCCUCGGAGCCGCCCGUCAUUAGCGAGGAGAUGAUUUCUGGGCUAAUUGUGCCGGCGCCUGGUUGGAGACGUCCGUAUUUUUCAGGCAAAGAAACGUACUCGCCCGAAGUCGAAAGCUCUCCGGCACCAUCGUCUGCGGAUCCCGGCAUGAUGAUGGGACAACCGCAUUCCAAGCAGUCUUCCCGUGGCAAUAGCUUUGAAAUUGAAAAUUUGCUGAAAACAGCUGGCGAGGUGACGGGAUUUUGUCGUUCGCCGCAAGAAACCCGCAAAUCCAGUCCUACUGGAUCAGCUGCAUCAUCAGUUUGUAACACCAUGCUGACAGGCUCACGUCAAUUAUCUGACGCCGAAAAGUUACGUAAAGUAGUGAUGGAAUUGAUUGAUACGGAGCGCUCGUACGUUAAGAAUCUUAACAACUUACUCGAGCAUUAUUUGGAGCCAUUGAAACGCGAAACAUUUUUGUCAAAUGCCGAGAUUGCCGCGUUGUUUGGAAAUAUACAAGAGAUUUUCAAUUUUCAACGACAAUUCCUGCAAAAUUUGGAGGAAGCGCUCGAAUUGGAGCCAGAUUUCCAUAAAUUUGACCAUUCAAGUCAGUUUAAGAGCGUUCUCUUUGCCAUUGGAUCGGCAUUUUUGUAUUAUGUUAAUCAUUUCAAAUUGUAUUCAUCAUUUUGUGCAAGUCACAGCAAGGCACAAAAGGUUCUUCAUCCAAACGAAGGUAAUCAGGCACUACAGGAAUUUUUAUUGGCUCGUAACCCGAAACAACAGCACAGCAGCACCCUUGAAUCGUAUCUAAUUAAGCCAAUACAAAGGAUAUUAAAGUAUCCUUUGUUGUUGCAGCAAUUAAGAAAUUUAACGGAUCCCCAUUGCGAGGAGCAUUUACAUCUCGUAGAGGCACUCAAAGGCAUGGAAAAAGUGGCGGAACACAUAAACGAGAUGCAACGAAUUCACGAGGAGUAUGGCGCAAUAUUUGAUCACUUGUUCCGACAACAUCAAAAGUCGUGUAAACAACCAAUUGACUUGAGUCCAGGUGAUCUCCUGUACUACGGUGGCGUCGAAUGGCUUAAUAUUUCAGACUUUUUGGGUAAAAUUAAAAAGGGUCUUGAACUACAUGCCAUGUGCUUUGUGUUUAAAACCGCUGUGGUUUUCCUUUGUAAGGAACGUUUGCGGCAAAAAAAGAAAAUUAUGGGCGUCUCGAACAAGAACGCACCAAACGAAGUAGAAAUAAUACGGUAUCAGGUUCUCAUUCCAGUCACCGAAGUGCAAGUUAGAGCUUCAUCUGCCAAAGACAUGGAUUCGCAUUUCCUCUGGGAGCUAAUUCACUUGCGGUCCCAGUUGCAGCGACGCAGCGAAAAGGUCUACGUGCUCUCGAACAGCACCUCGGACUUCCGCAACGCAUUCCUCAAGACAAUUCGGCAGAUAAUUCGCGAAAGUGUGCGCAACAUGUCGAUCCCGAUGAAAGGUCUCAUGGGCAGCACGAGUUCCAUGUCGUCGCAGACACUAGAACGCCCCAAGCAACAAAUCACGAUCAUGCAAGGGUCACAAACGCUCGGCAAGACACGUAAAAAUAAGAAUACUCAACGUCAUUCGUCGGGAAAUAUCGAUUACGAUAACUUGUCGGGCAGCCAAGACGCUGACGAGCCUCCCGUUGUGCAGGUCGUAACGCAAUGCGGUUUCAGAACACGUAGCAAAACGGUCGGAGAAUCGAGUGGCAAGACUCCUCCUCCUCCGCCGCCUCGUAGAACAACGACAACAAUUACCACGACAAACAUCCACGAUCACGAAAAAAUCGAUCCAGGAACUAAAUCUGAGGGUGAAGAUGAUUCCCAAACUGGCACAAUGCCAAAAAGUAAAGCAACCUUAGGCAGAACACCAAAUCACUUAACUUUAAGCACCACAUCAACCUUAUCGGUCGGAAGUACAGGAAGCCAAGCACGACUAAUACAAUCAUCCCAUGCACCAUCAAACUACCAACCAGUAUUAUUGAAAGAUUUAGGGUCCCCAGUGUGGAAACCACGAGACAUGACUAGUUUAGGCGAUGCACAGUCAACAUCACGCAAAGAUGACACUAAAUAGAUUUAAAAAAAAAAACAAAAAAAAAAUCUAAAAUAAUCUAAUAAAAAUAAAUAAUGAUAAUAAUAAUAUGAAAAAAAAAAAUUUAAUAGAAAAAUUAUAUAAAAAAACCUCAUUUUUGACAAGAAAAAAAAAAUAAAACGCUCACGUCACUCACUUAUACACUAAAUAAAAAAAAAACUCACUCGAAAGUAAUGUACACCCUACUAUUACAUGUAUAAACCCAAAAAAUAAACAUUAUAAACUUAAAGACAAAAAAUUUAAUGCAAAAAAAUAUGUUUUUAGAUGAAAAAUAGAUUUUAAUGCAAAUAUAAACGAAUUCUAGUCAAACACCAAUUUUUUAGUGAUGCAAAGUGAUGAAAAAAUUUCGCGUCAAAUGGGGGCCCACUCAGCCUCCUCAACCAAUUUGAGUACCGGGAGAGUCAUCCUGGGGGUAAAGUCGACUGUCCUUCCACGAAACGACAGUCCGAGAUCGUGUCAUGCUGAAAAAAAGAUGUAUUAUAAAAAAAUGCAUGACAAAAAGAAAAAACUUUACUCAAAAAAAAAAUCCAAAAAUUUUCCUUUCACCCGAAUGACAAACAAAAAAUGCCCAAGAAAACCUGAGGUUAUCAUUGUAGAUCACUACUCCAAAGAGAACAAGGUUCCUCAAUAAAUUUAUAUACACACACAAAAAAAAUGCGCAGUGGGGCUCCCGCAGUCUCCUUGAUGAAGCACUUUGUCGGAUCCAGUCCUGCUAAAACUGCGCUACGAGGAAAGUUUGGGGGUUCACUUUUGAGAAUUGAUAGACAGUGAUCGAACGUUUCUCGGCGAAUUUUUUUUCGGCGUUACUUUGUUUGUUCCUUUUAUCAAGUUUUGAGUUUUUUUUUCUCCCGAACCGACACUUUUUUGCAAAAGUUGCUUCUAUAUUAGUCCGCAAUUCAUAAAAAAAUAAAAAAAUAUAUGAAGAAAUAGUCAAAGAUGAUAACUUUUUUUCCUUUUAUCACUUUGAAUCACUAAAAAUGGCACUAUAAUGAUAAAUACAUGAUAUUACGAUAAAUUACACACACAAAAUUACACAAGACACA